UAAAAUAUGACUGAUUAGCCAGAAGGACCACCAGACGUAGAUAUCUUUCAACAGACAACGGAAAAGAAGUAAGAUUUGACAUUAAUAAACCUAGUUCUCAUCGUGCUUCUAUUUUUGAAAUAGUUUUGGAGAGUACAUUAUUUUAAGUACUAAUAAAUGUUCUGACUCUAUAUGCACUUUUUGGAGAUGAUAUAAGGGUUGCUGCAUUUCGUUAGAAUGCAGACAUAGUUUUUGAUGGAUUGAACAUCACUUGUUUGGUAAAACAGUUUUAUUAAUAGAUUAAGAUAAUGUUUUCAACUGAAAUCAUAUUGUCGGUAAUAGUAAAAGAGGGAUACUUUCUAUCCUUCUUCUUUUGGCUUGAUACAAUAUCAACAAUAUCUUUAUUGCUUGAUAUUAAUAUGUUCAAUACGGCUGUUGGAUUAAGUGGUGCUGGAGGAUAAGCCAAAAACACAGCAGGAUUAGCAAGAGCAGGAAGAGCAUCAAGAGUAGGAACUAAAGCAGGUAGAGUAGUUAGGUUAGUGAGGUUAAUAAGAUUAGUGAAAGUUUAUAAAUCUGCAAAUAAAGAGGAUGAAGAUAAAGUUUAGAAAUUAAUAUCAUAAAGGAGAUAGAAAAGAAAAACUAAUACAAUUUAACCAUAAAUAUAAGAAAGAAUUGAACAACAAAAUAACAAUAAUAAUAAUGGUGGUGGUGGUACUUAAAAUGAAGAGUAAGAAACUAAAGAAUCUAAAGUUUCUAAAAUGUUAUCAGAUGCAACAACUAAGAAAGUUAUCAUUGUUGUUUUAGCAUUAUUAUUUUUGAUUCCACUCUUCUCUGUUGAUUAUUUUGUGUCUCCACCUACAAGUAUGUUGAUGUAAUCUUAAUAAUUUGUCAAACUUGCUGAAUCAGAGGCCUCCACAUAUGAUGAUGUUAAAAAUGCAUACAAUUAAAUUAUUAUUGAUCAUAGUGGUAUAGACAAUUACAUUGUCUUAUUUACAAGCCCACUUUAUAAUUAUAAAGAUUUCCCUAUUUAUGAACAUGAGGAUUACCCUAAUUUAAGAAUUGAUGAAUAAGAUGUUGGAGCUUUUAAUUUGAAUUAUGAUACUCUUAUCACAACAACUAAUUUACCUGAUGAAGCCAUAGCCUAAUUUGAGUAUUUUUAUAUUCAUAUUCCUUUAGUAAAGAGAAUUCAGAUGUUGUAGGUAUCUUAAGUACAAGACAAGCAGCUGUUAUGACUAGUAUCUUAUCUAUUAUCAGAACUAUCUUCGUAAGUAUUGUCUUGACUUUUGGAGCUAUGAUGUUUUCUAAAGAUUCUAAUGAUUUGGCAUUGAGGCCAUUAGAAAGAAUGAUUGAUAAAAUUAAUAAAAUAGCAAAUGAUCCAUAAAUUGUUACAGAAAUGGCUGUGAUUUAAAAUGAAAAUUCUAAUGAAACUGUUAAAAUUGAAAACACUAUAGUUAAAAUUGGAACUUUACUUGCUUUAGGGUUUGGUGAUGCAGGUACAGAAAUUAUUAAAAUUAAUAUGAAAAAGUAAGGUGAUGUAGAUCCCAUGUUGCCUGGAAUUAAAAAAGUAGCUAUUUAUGGUUUUUGUGAUAUCAGAAAUUUUACAGAUGCUACAGAAGUUUUAUAAGAAGAUGUCAUGGUUUUUGUUAACAAUAUAGGAGAUAUAGUACACACAAUGGUAGAUAGAUAUUUAGGUGCAGCAAAUAAGAAUAUUGGUGAUGCAUUUUUAUUAGUAUGGAAGACUAGACCAGAAACAUAUUCUUUUGAAGAGGACAACGUAAUUUGGCAUGAUAAAUAGUAAUAAGAAAUAAUAAUAAUAGAUAUAUUUCUACUUUAUCAGAUUGUGCUUUGAUUUCGUUUAUGAAAAUUUAAUGUAAAAUUAAUAGAGAACCAAAGAUCUUAGCUUAUCGAUAAGAUAAAAGAUUGUAAGCAAGAAUGGAUAACUAUAAAGUAAAGAUCGGAUUUGGAUUACACAUGGGAUGGGGAAUUGAAGGAGCUAUAGGAUCAAAUUAUAAAAUUGAUGCAUCUUAUUUGAGUCCAAAUGUUAAUAUGGCAUCAAGAUUGGAAGCAGCGACAAAAUAAUAUGGUGUUCCAAUUUUAAUUUCUGAAUAACUUUAUGAACACUUUUCACCUGAAUUCUAAGAAUAUAUAAGACACAUAGAUAGAGUUUGUGUAAAGGGAUCAAAUAUUCCUGUGAGUCUAUAUACAAUAGAUAUGAAUGUUGAUAAUUUACCUCCAAGCAAUGAUCCAUUAGUAAAAUAUAAGGAUUUCACAAAAGAAGAAUUGAGAAUGAUUUUGAGAUAGAAGAAAUUAGAAAUUAAAGAGAUGUUUGAAUGUGGAGAAUUUAAAGUAGCAGAACAUCUUGAAACUAAUAAAGAUUUAAGAUUUUUGUUAACUGGAUUCAAAAAAGAUUUUAUGGUAAAUAUUAUUGUAUAAUUUGUUUAGUAAGUGUUUCGUAAAGCCUUUUAAGCUUAUUUAGAUGGAGAUUGGAAAACUGCUCGUGCUACUUUCUAAGAGGCACUAAAACUUAAACCCAAUGAUGGUCCAACUGAAGCUGUAUUACAUUCUAUGGAGGAAACAAAUUAUUAGAAACCAAGUGAUUGGAAAGGAUAUAGAGAAUUAACAGAGAAAUGA